GCAGCCAGAAUCGAUGUUUGCAUGUCGCAUUAAAGUCUUAAAGAAGUUUUACCUCCAAACUAUAAUUUCAAUUUAUUCAAAAAUAUUUGAUUAACGUUAAAUAUAGCGCUAGAAAUACGCGAUAACAGUGUGAACUAAUCGUAUUUAUUGACUGGUGAUAUUACGUAAAACGAUGGCUGCAAGUUCAGAGGAACGCAUCACAAAACUAAAAUCAUUGGGACUUAGUGACCAAAAGGCGAAAGAAACUGAGAAGAAUGCAGCCUUAAGUAAAACGAUUAUGACAGCUCUUUCAUUUGUACCUACCGAUCAUGAUUUUUACGAAGGCGAAGGUUUGCUAAUUUACCAAACGUGCACCAAGAUCAAGCAUCAAACUAUGCAUCAUCUCGAAUUUUUAAUGAAGAAUAUUCUGCAACGAAAAUUGGAUUCUGGAAUACGCGUUGAUGCCGCGUUGGAGUUUUUAUUGGCUAAUGGAACAACCAAAUCUAUCAACGUCGAGGAUUUCGAGAAAGCUUGUGGCGUUGGUGUUAUGGUUACGCCGGAAGAGAUUGACCAAGUCGUUGAUGCUGUGAUUACUCGAAACAAGGGAGCAAUCAUAGCUCAAAGGUAUCGUUUUAAUUUUGGUAAAUUGCUUUCUGAAAUACGUGGUCAACUAAGAUGGGCAGAUGGAAAAACUAUGAAAAAUGAAGUAGAUGUGCAAAUUUUCGACUUACUUGGUCCGAAAACUGAUGCGGAUUUUGCACCAUCAUCAAAAUCUGAGAAAAAAUCGAAAGGAGAGAAGGUGGUUCAUCAGAUCAAUAACAAUACACUAUACGAUUUGCAUUCCGAAUCCGCGUCAGAUGGUGCGAAAUCAAUUUCAGAGCUAAUGAAGUCAGUACAUUUUCACGCUCCAGGUGAUAACCAUAAAACUGAUGGUUAUGUAGUUACUAACAAAACCAACACUUUGCUGAUAGAGCAUUUGAAACGUACGGGUGGAUUUGUUCGAACCCGGUUUCCUCCCGAACCUAAUGGUAUACUGCACAUCGGUCAUGCUAAAGCCAUCAAUAUUAACUUUGGGUAUGCCAAUACAAAAAAUGGCAUUUGUUUCUUGCGUUACGACGACACAAAUCCAGAGAAAGAGGAAGAAAAGUUUUUCAUUGGCAUUAAGGAUAUGGUUGAAUGGCUUGGUUAUAAGCCUUACCAAAUAACACAUUCCUCAGAUUACUUCCAACAAUUGUAUGAGUGGGCAGUGCUGUUAAUUAAAAAGGGAUUAGCAUAUGUUUGUCACCAAACGGCAGAUGAGAUGAAAGGUUUUAAUCCAGAACCGUCCAAAUGGCGUAACCGUCCUAUUGAGGAAAAUGUGCAGCUGUUUGAAGACAUGAAGAUUGGCAAAAUCAACGAGGGCGCUGCAACACUACGUAUGAAGUUAACAUUAGAAGAGGGAAAAAUGGACCCCGUAGCCUACCGAAUCAAGUUCAUUCCCCAUCAUAGAACCGGAAGCGAUUGGUGUAUUUAUCCGACUUAUGACUAUACGCAUUGUCUUUGUGACAGUAUCGAAGACAUCACACAUUCGUUAUGUACUAAGGAAUUUCAGUCGCGACGAUCUUCUUACUAUUGGCUCUGCAAUGCAUUGGACAUUUAUUGCCCGGUCCAAUGGGAGUACGGCCGUCUGAACGUGAAUUACACUGUGGUUUCCAAACGGAAGAUUGCCAAGUUGAUCACCGAAGGAAUCGUCGAGGACUGGGAUGAUCCUAGGCUGUUUACAUUGACUGCAUUACGCCGUCGUGGUUUCCCAUCGGAAGCUAUCAACAACUUCUGUGCACAAAUGGGCGUUACUGCUGCUCAGAGCUCCGUUGAUCCUUCAGCUUUAGAGGCAAGCGUUCGUGAUAUGCUCAAUGUUACUGCUCCACGGGCUCUGGUCGUACUAGAGCCGCUUAAGGUCACGAUUUCUAACUUCCCACACAAAGAACCGUUGAAAAUGUCCGUUCUUAACUUUCCCAACAAUCCAGAGAAGGGAUCCCAUAACAUUUGGUUUGACAGAGUGUUAUAUAUUGAACGGUCGGAUUUUGAGGAAUAUCCGUUGAAGGGAUACCGCCGUUUAACGCCAACGCAAUCGGUGGGCUUACGGUACGCAGGGUUUGUUAUAAAAGUGGAAGAAGUGAUCAAAAACCAAAAUGGGACUUUAAAGGAAUUGAUCUGUGUUUGUGACAGCAGUGAGGCAACCGAGAAACCACAAGCCUUUAUACAAUGGGUAUCACAACCUACCGAGAUUGAAGUACGCUUGUACGAAAAACUAUUCAAACACAAAAACCCUGAAGACGUCAAUGAGGUACCGGGAGGAUUUUUGAAUGAUUGCAAUCUGGACUCAAUGAAAAUCAUUGCCGCUUACGCAGAUGCAUCUAUUAAAAAUGUUACGCCAUACGACAAAUAUCAAUUUGAAAGAAUCGGUUACUUUUCAGUGGAUCCAGAUACACGUGAAGGGCUUGUUGUGUUUAAUAGAACAGUAACAUUGAAGGAAGAUGCCGGAAAAAAAUUUAAAAAAAACUUUAUUUCUUGUAGUGACCUUUAAUAAUAAAUUAAUUGUCUUU